AUGGCGGAUGGUGGCCGUACGGUCCAGGCUCGAGCUCUCUUGCAGCAAUGCUUGCAUGCUCGCCUGCAAGUGCGCCCGGCAGAUGGGGACGCUGCGGCGCAGUGGGUGGAGAUUCGGAGAGGAUUAGUCAUCUACGUGUGCUUCUUCAAGGGAGCCGACACAGAGCUCCUUCCCAAAAUGGUUAACACACUGUUAAAUGUGAAAUUAAGUGAAACAGAAGAUGGCAAGCACGUCUCCAUCCUGGAUCUGCCUGGUGAUGUUCUCAUCGUCCCUCAAGCCACCCUCGGAGGCAGGGUGAAAGGCAGGAACAUGCAGUAUCACUCCAACUGUGGAAAGGAGGAAGGCUUAGAACUGUAUUCGCAGUUUGUCUGUCUGUGCGAAAAAGCGGUAGCCGCCAACGCCAAGUGUGCGGAAGCGGGGGUUGCCGUGGCUCACGGCACGUAUGGCAACAGGCAAGUGUUGGAGCUGGACACCAAUGGACCGUACACACACCUAAUUGAAUUUUGAAAGAUUCCUUUCCACAGCUACUUGCUGGUAUAAAAUGACUUGAACUGUUGUUAG